UUCAGAUCCGGUGUUGGCCGCCAGGUGGCGCGCUCGUGGCCCUGAUCCCUGACACCAUGAGUAUGGCAUUGGCCGGGGUGCGGGGGUCUUUUAAAUGGGGGCUGUUGAGGAGGUUCAGCUCUGCUGCAGGGCACAGGGAGGUCGGCGUCACCCAUCUGGAAGGGCAGCAUGCGGGCAUCGCAGAGAUCGUCAUGUGCAGGCCUCGUGCUCGCAACUCAUUGGGCAAGGUGUUUGUUAAUGAGUUUUUUCAUUCCGUUGACAGUCUGCGCCAUGACAGCAGUGUCCGUGUGGUGGUGGUCAGGAGCGCAGUCCCAGGCGUGUUCUGUGCAGGUGCGGAUCUGAAGGAGCGAGCGCAGCUGGGAAAUUCCGAGGUGUCUCAGUUCGUUCAGAAUCUCAGAAAGUUAAUGAAUGAGAUCGCGGCCCUGCCAAUGCCCACUAUUGCAGCAGUUGAUGGCUAUGCCCUGGGUGGCGGCCUGGAGCUGGCCCUGGCGUGUGACCUCCGUGUAGCAGCAUCUUCAGCCAAGCUGGGGCUCAUUGAGACCACGAGAGGGUUACUUCCCGGGGCAGGGGGUUCCCAGCGACUACCACGUCUAGUUGGAAUUGGUUUGGCCAAAGAGCUGAUCUUUACUGGGAGACAAAUCGAGGGCUCACAGGCGUACCAGAUCGGACUGGUAAAUGAUGCGGUUCCCCAAAAUGAGGAGGGGAACUCUGCCUACAAGAAAGCAUUGGAACUGGCCCAGGAAAUCCUGCCUCAGGCCCCCGUUGCGGUGAGGAUGGCCAAGUUGGCUAUGAACAAAGGAAUUGAGGUGGACAUUACCUCUGGAAUGGCCAUAGAGGGGAUGUGCUAUGGGCAGGUCAUUCCCACAAAGGAUCGCUUGGAAGGAAUGGCAGCUUUCCAGGAGAAGCGUCCUCCUCACUACACCGGGGAGUAACAACGUCUACUUAAACAUCCCCCCCCCCCCCCCCCCCCCCUCUCAUUUACCACCAUUGCCAGAAACACCAAAAGGGGGCUGACAUACCAAGAGUUCUUAUGAAACAUUUACUCCGACCUCCUCGCCCCCCCCAGAAGAGAGAACAUUGGAUCAACAGAUGCAUAUGAAAUAUGGCUUCCUGUGUCGGAAAGAGAACUUUACAUCCAUUUUAGGUGGAGUUUGCAUCUCAAAGCAAUAAAAAUAUCACAUU